AUGGCUAGAGUUAAUGAUCUUAAUGUCAACUCUCUCUGCUUCUUCUGGUUCUCAUCAUCAUUUCCAAUCCUCUAUUUAUAUGUGGUAGCAGGCGAGACCGCAUCAUCCGCCACAAUUCCGCCUGAGAUGAGCUACGAGGAGGAGUCCUUGCUUCCGCAAAUCGAAGGAUGGGCGAAGAAGAAGCGGUCCAAGCGCAACCGCUUCUUCGACCGACCGCCCACUGAGGAAGAGUACUUGGCUUGGUGUCUAGUGAUGCUCGCCCGCGGCGGACUCCGACCGCCGACGUUGACCGAGUCGGUGGCUCCCGAGAAGCUCGAGCAUAAGUGCUCAGUCUGCGGAAAAGCCUUCGCGUCCUACCAGGCCCUCGGCGGUCACAAGGCCAGCCACCGGAAUUCAAAGGUCGCCACUUACGAAGCCUCGGCGGCCGCCAAGUCCACGGGGACGGGGUCUUCCAGCGCCGAAGCCACCGCUGCGGGAGGCGGGAGGGUGCACCGGUGCUCGGUGUGCCAGAAGGCGUUCCCGUCCGGGCAGGCGCUCGGCGGGCACAAGAGGUGUCACUACGACGGAAGCCUCGGCAUCACCGUGGCUACGGCGUCAGAAGGUGCGGGAUCGAGCUACAGGGGGUUCGAUCUGAACGUGCCGGUGCCGCCAGAGUUAGAGUUUGACCGUGUCAAGAGUUGCUUGAUGGCGGCGGCGGUGGAGGAGGAGGAGGUGCAGAGCCCGCUGGCUUUGAAGAAACCCAGACUCCUCAUUCCGGCUUAAUUAAUCAAAUAAUUAAUUGAUUAUUUAUUUAUUUAUUUAUUUAUUUAUUUAUUGAAAAUAAGUUAAUAGAUUGACAAAAUCAAUUCCUUGUAGAGAGAAUUAUUCAUUGAUUGAUUAUCAUAUUCAUAAAUGAAUUUCAUUAUUCCAAUUGUUGUUC